AGCUCGCGUGUGACGUGUUUGUGUAUCCUCCUUUUAUUUUAGUGUUGAUGAUGAGAGAUGAGAUGGAUGUGAUUUUCUGUAAAUCAGAAGAAACUGAUGAGGGUUUACAGGAUGAUGAAUCUACUGAUCAAACCUCCACAGAGUAUCUGGAUUCUGUCUGUAACGCUGGAGAACAGCAGCAGAUCCUGCAGAACAAACUCAACAUGUGUUCAGUUAAACUGGAGGACUGCUCAAACAUCAUCAUGAAGAUCAAAAGUGAACCCACAGAAGAUGAAUAUGUAGACAAUCAUAAUAAUGGUAAUGAUUUUAUUCUGUCGGAUGUGAAGAGUGAACCAUGUACAGAUAAAGAAAUAACGUCCUCAACAUCAAAAGAGCGUCAGACAGCACAAACUCUUUCCUGCAUCACCUGUGAAAAGACAUUCAGCUCACAGAGACAUUUAGAGAGACAUGAGAGAAAACACACAGAACAGAAACUCUUCACCAGAUCUGAGAUCAGCUUUACUACCUUACAAGAGAAGAAACUUCAUUCAGAAGAGCACACAGACAAGAAGAAGAAGAAGAAGAAGAAGAAGAAGAAGAAGAAGAAGUUGUUUCAUUGUCAGCAUUGUGAGAAGGUUUAUGCGUCUUCUUCUAAUCUGAACAUUCACAUGAGGACACACAGUGGUGAAAAACCUUUCAACUGCACUGAAUGUGGCAAAUGUUUCAGCACCAAAGAAAGUCUUGUUGUUCAUGAGAGAAUUCACACAGGAGAAAAACCAUACAAGUGUCCUCACUGUGAGAAGAGAUUCAGACAAAAAGGCGAUCUGAAGAGACACAUGAGUUUACACACCAAAGAGAGACCGUAUCAGUGCAGUCAAUGUGACAAAAAAUUUAGGGAUUCAGGUUCAUUAAAAUCACACCAGAAUAUUCACUCUGAAGAGAAACUCUAUCAAUGUUCACACUGUGAUAAUGUUCAAUGUUCACACUGUCUUCAAUCCAGUCUUAUAGCUCAUGAGAGACUUCACACUGGAGAGAAACUUUACAUCUGUAGCGUCUGUGGGAAGAGUUUUAAACAACAUGCCAAUUUAGUGUCACACCAGAGAACUCAUACGGGUGAAAGACCUUACAAAUGCUCUCAGUGUGAGAAAACGUUUGCUCGAUCAAAUGUCCUGAAAACCCAUCAGAGGGUUCACACCGGAGAAAAACCUUACCACUGUAAUGUUUGUGAAAAGAGUUUUAGACAACGUGACAAUUUAGUAAGGCACCAGCAAAUUCAUACAGGUGAAAGACCUUACAAAUGCUCUCACUGUGAGAAGACGUUUGCUCAGUCAAAUAACUUAAAAGCCCACGAGAGAGUUCACACUGGAGAGAAACCUUACGUCUGCUCUCAAUGUGGAAAGAGCUUCAAUGAUCCAUCUCAUUUGAGAAUUCAUCAGAGAGUUCACACUGGAGAGAAACCUCAUCACUGUAGUGUUUGUGGGAAAAGUUUUAAUCAACAUGCCAAUUUAGUGUCACACCAGAGAACUCAUACAGGUGAAAAACCUUAUAAAUGCUCUCAUUGUGAGAAGACGUUUGUACGAUCAUAUUCCUUAAAAAUCCAUGAGAGAAUUCACACUGGAGAGAAACCUUACGUCUGCUCUCAAUGUGGAAAGCGCUUCACUGAUUCACAUUCUAUCAAAGUUCAUCUGCGAGUUCACACCGGAGAGAAACCUUACAUCUGUAAUGUCUGUGAGAAGAGUUUUAGUCAACAGUCCAACUUUUUAAUGCACCAGAGAACUCAUACAGGUGAAAGACUUCAUAAAUGUUCUCAAUGUGAGAAGACGUUUGCUCGAUCAGAUGCCCUGAAGACCCAUCAGAGAGUUCACACUGGAGAGAAAUCUCGAGAUUUGCUCAUUUAAGAAGUUUGCAGUGUCAUCAGAAGAAACGUUUGUUUCCUCAUUUCUAUGUAAACCUCAUGCACGCAAAAGGCCAAUCUCAACGUAACACCAGCUGUGAUGUCACAGUCUAGAUGUACGCCCCAACAUUAAGUACAAUGUUGUUAAAAUGCUAAAACAAAGUUGAGACAGCUAAAAUAGUGCUAUAUGCUAGUUAACGCUAUAUGCUAACAUUUAGGCUUAAGUAAAUCUCUUUGCUUGGACUACAACAAAUAUUGGGAUUGAUGAUGUGGAGAAGACCGACAUUAUCAUAAUUCUUCCAGCUUCUGACUCACAGCCUGUAAGUUAACUCCUGUAAGCAUUGCAUUGUGAGCGAAUCUUUCAAACAUGGAAAUGAGCGUCAGAGGUAUUCAGACCAAUCACAACUAAGCUGACCAAUCAGGGACCCAGCGCUUUUCAAAUCUAUGAGUUUUGUACAAAAUCUGUGUGUUUCAGGAAAAGACAGAAAUCUGGAGCUACAGAAAUGUUCAGUAUGUGGACAAUAAUGUGUUUUUUGAACCAUAAACCACUCAAACACAUUGUAUUAUACCAAAUACACAAAACAACAUUGUUUUUAGCAGUGAAAUAGGUGCUCUUUAAUGACUUGUAAACUAUGUACAAUUAUGCACUAAAUACUUUGUUAGGGCUCCUUUUGCAUGAAUUACUGCUUCAAUAUGGCGUGGCAUGAAGAUGAUAAGCCUGCAUGUGGCACUAAUGAGGGAUUCUCCCAAGUUGCUUUGAUAAUACACUAAAAGUACAACAACAGCAUGCAUAGUAGUAGUACUGUCUUAAUAUAGUAGUAUAAUAGUGACAAUACGGUUUGUUUCUAUUUAUAAAACAGUUUCAGUCCUUGAUUCAGAUUGGUCAAUAGUUGUACUUAACUCGAUUUGUGUUGUGCCUAAUAUAAUAAAGCAGCUUCUUGUACUCUACUGUUCACUUAAAUAUUGCUGUUUUACACAUUUGCUGGAUGCCUCUCUCAUCUAAGGGGUCCUUGCCCUCCAAAAAAACGUUAAGGACCGCUAGUUUUACAAAACAUUAUUCUAUUCUACAUUAUUUUUCUUAAUAUUGUUUAAUCUUAUGUUGGAGCUGUGU